UUUUUUUUUCUUCCUUUGUUUUUUUUCUGUUUUUUCUUUUUUUUCGGGUUUUCUUUUUUUUUCUUUUUUUUUUUUUUCUUCCUCUUUGAUUAUUGUUUAAAUGGAUUUGAUCUUUUGCUGAUGACAAGUUUUUUUCCUAGCAUGCGAUGGUUACUAAACUGUGAGCAAAAGGUGCUGCUGGGGCCGGGAGUCACUGGGAAUGAAAAAUGAUAAUAAUACAGACUUGCCAGUCCAGCAACAACUGAUAUACAUUUAGUAGCUAUAUAUCUAUAUAUGCAACUGGUUUUGUUGUGGCACGGAAAAGCAAUGUGAAAUAUGAUGCUUAUUUUUUAGAGAGAAGAGAAAAGGCAUGUUUCUAAGUCUUUUUGCAGAGGAUUUUCUCUGAUGUUGUUUUAUUUUUAUUUUUGGGUGUUUUUUUAAGGGUUGUUGUUUUUGUUAUUUUUUUCGUAAAGAGAUGGGAAUUGCAAAUGCAUUUUACAGCAGUGUUUACACAGAGUUUGUAAUCUUGCAAUACUGGUGGAAGCCACGGAGCAAGAUGUUAAUUUUAUUAUUUUUCUUAUUGUUUCUUCUUCCUUUUUUUUUUUUUUUGACACUCAGUGCAGCAGCAGGGUUGUUUUUUUUUUCUUCUUCUUUUUCAGUUUUUGAUGUCUGUUCGUAAUGUGAAACUUUUCUUGCAGUGUGUUGCAGUUAUCAUUUUUAAACACUUUUUUUCCUCCUUAACAAAGCAAAGCAGAAAGCCACAGAGGUGAUCCUUACUUUUGCACAUUUUGCACCUUGACUUUUUUAUUCUUUUGCCAGCAGUAUUUUAUGAUGGUUAUUAUUAUCAUGAUGGUGAUGAUGCUAGAUAUGUACAUAUAUACAAAUAAAUGCAUUCUCAAAUGAUGGCAGUGGAAGGUUUUCCUGGAGAAUGAAGUGCGGUUUGGUUUCCUUGUCAACGGAAGAUGAAGUGAACAACUGAACAUCUCCCCAGUGCAGGGUUAAAGCCAAGAGAUCCAACCAUGACUGGCAAAACACAGACCAGCAACGUCACCAAUAAGAAUGACCCAAAGUCCAUCAACUCCAGGGUCUUCAUUGGCAAUCUGAACACAGCCAUUGUCAAAAAAAGUGACAUUGAAGCGAUCUUUGCAAAGUAUGGGAAAAUAGUUGGCUGCUCAGUGCACAAAGGUUAUGCGUUUGUACAGUACAUGAGCGAGAGGCACGCGAGAGCUGCGGUGGCGGGGGAGAAUGCCAGGAUCAUCGCAGGACAGCCACUAGACAUCAACAUGGCAGGAGAACCAAAACCAUAUAGACCAAAACCUGGCAACAAGCGGCCACUUUCAGCACUUUAUAGACUUGAAUCAAAGGAGCCUUUCCUGUCUGUUGGCGGUUAUGUCUUUGAUUAUGAUUACUACAGAGAUGAUUUCUACAAUCGGUUGUUUGAUUACCACGGCCGUGUCCCCCCACCACCCCGUGCAGUGAUUCCACUGAAGCGUCCUCGUGUGGCUGUGACAACAACUCGCAGAGGCAAAGGGAUUUUCUCCAUGAAAGGAGCAUCACGAUCCACCUCAAGUGGGGCUUCUUCAUCAGGAUCCAAAUUGAAAUCAGAUGAGUUGCAAACAAUCAAGAAGGAAUUAACCCAAAUCAAAACAAAAAUUGACUCCUUGCUAGGGAGACUGGAAAAGAUCGAAAAACAGCAAAAAGCUGAAGCAGAAGCUCAAAAGAAACAAAUGGAAGAUAAUGCUGAUUUGAUUCAAGAGGAAUGCAUAUCAGAGAAUGCAGAUAACUCUACAGAAGAGCCAAUUGAAGGAGGGCCAGAUGCAGAUGGGGAUGGAGAAGAGAUGACUGAUGGGAUAGAGGAGGAUUUUGAUGAGGAUGGCAGCAAUGAGCUGUUUCUACAGAUCAAGUGAUGAGAUGUCAUGUGUGAACCCCCUGAAGGCUGAGAAGAGAAACUGACUUCCCCACAGAAAAUUGUGAACUGCGGUUUCUUACUGGCUAGCAACACCUUUGAUUCAAUUUGUAUGAAAACUCAAUUUACUUAUUAAAAUGGACGUUACUGUUCAAAUAUUAGAAAAUCCAUUUCUUAUAUGUUCUAAGCUGUACAAUUGUCAGAUUUUUAUGGUUUAGAUUGUAAAUGUGUUUUUCUCUGGCUAAUUAUUGGUAUUAUUUUUUUAAUUUUGAUGUCUUAAAGGCCAAUGUACUAUAUCAUAAUAAUAUGAAGAACAUAUUUAACAGGUGUGGGAAACACUGUAUACAAAUGUAUAUUUCUAAAAGCUAUUUUUAUGAUUAGCAUGUUUUCUGUUUUACCAUAUUUAGAGUCAGGUGAUACUGCACUUCUUUACAGCUUAAUUCAAACGAGAUCACAAUUAAAUACAUUGUAUGGUAUUUUCUGUAUUUUAUUUAUUAUAUUAGCUAUUGGAAAUAAUUAUGUUUACUUAUAGGGAUAGCUGCUAAAAAAUGAAAAAUGUCAAAAUAAGAAAAUCCUUGAUAAACUGUAAAUUGGAUCCUCCUGUAAAUCACUGUCUUCAGAUAAGCACUCUCUGUGAUGUCAUUCAGUUGCAGUUUUUCUUGCAAGUCUCUAAAGGCAGUUUGUUGUCACCAUAUGGAAAGUUUACAUGACAGUCAGUCCCCUUUCUAGCCAGGUAAAUUCUUACAGACUGCCAACACCUGGCAACCUUAGUUAGCCUACUUCUUACUUUUUGGUUUAUUUUCUGGCAGUUCAGAUUAUUUUCCACUCCUGAACCUCUAAAGCCCUCCUAAAAGCCUGCAGUUGGAGUAAUUAAUUAUUACAGAUGAUGUAGUAUAGAAUUUCUUAAUAAAUCAUAUUUCCCUUCAAACAGAAUGGAUGCAUUAUUUCUCUUGUGUUACUGAGAUAUUGAAGGUAUCAAAACAUAUAUGAUGUGGGCACAAAGUCUUCUUCUCUAAUGAAGGCAUGAAAUUGUUCACUAUCCCAAAGCUAGACCUCCUCAGAACUGCAGGUGACAUGAAACAAGGAGUAGAUAUUUAUUUACCACAUUCUUAUGUGAGAUAUACUCCUGUAAAAAGAGACAUAUCUUUAAAGCGAUUGCAGGGGGUGGGAAAUACUCAAUAGCUACUGCCUUCCAAGAGGGAGACAUGCAUUUAAUAGGUACCUUACACAGUCAAUUGGAGCUCAGCCCCAGCUGUGAGCCAGUCUGCAGCACAGAGCCCUGAUGUUCACUGAUAUCCAUGGCCAAGGGUUAUUUGCUAUCAUGCAGCACCACAGAAGUGAACCCUUGCCUUGCCCUUUCAAUCAUUCUUUAUAGACUAAAAGCAAGAGAAAAGAAAAACUACCAGAGAGACACUUUAUCUGAUCUCUAUAAAACACAGCAGUUUCAGAGAUGAUAGGUUCACCUCAAACAGGAGGGGUAUGAGAAGCUGGGAGCUCAAGGUUUCCAGUUAAGUUUCCAGCAUGGAGACUGUCAUCCAAGAAGGACUGAUACUCUUCAAACACUUGGAAGAAGAGCAUACAUGUGAAUUUUAUUAUCUAUUAAUGAGUGGGAAUUUACUUCACUAGGAAACUAAAUAACAUAGCACUCUCCAUUAUGUUUGUGUAUCUUAUAUUUAGCUUAUCCAUUGUCUGUGGAGUUACAUGGUUUACCUUAGUGCUGAGUAGUACCUAGCUACUUAAUUAAGGAAAGAAUAAAAUAUGUAGUUACAUCUGGGCACAAAGAAUUGCAGCUUCAUAAUCUACCAAGGCUCUCCCAGAAAAGUACAGCAAAAAAUAUUACUUCUGCAUAAGUGAAUUGUUAGGUCAAAACGAAGGGUGAAACAUUUCUCCACUUUCUAUCUACUAGUAUAGUUUAUGGUCAUUUUUUAACUGUAAAAAUGCAAAAAGAAUUGCCAUUUGGGGAUCUUAAUUUUUGGCUGACAGUGAAAAAAAAAACAACUCCAUACCUUAGCCGUUCAACAGGCAUUUUGCCCACUUAUACAAAAUGUUGGCUGGCUUAAAAGAUGCGAAAUGUCAUCCAAGGAGAUCAGUUCUUAUGUUGGUGUUAAUAAACCACACAUGAGAAACAGCUAGGUGUAUCAUCUCUUCACUACCUCCAUCCCAAAUGAGCUAAUAAUCACAGAAAGCACGGUAUUAUAUUUUUAUAAAUUAUUUCAAAUCAUUACUCUUAGAUUAUUCAGAGAAAUGAAUGCAUCGUCAUAAUGUUUCACACCACAGUUUAAGUCCUGAAUAUAUUUUGAACACAAAUAGACAUCUCUGAUAACACCACGGUGCUCUAUUUCAUUUCCAAGCCAGAAGCUUGUUGUGCCUUGCAGUCAAUUCCUAGUGAGGUUUCUUAAUGGCAUGUUUGCUUCAAAUCACAACAGAGGAUGCUGGCAGCUGCAGCAGAGCCUGAUAGUUCUCUACUUUUCAUGUAUGUGGUACGCUCAGUGUUGUUUACCACCACUACCUGUACUUGUUUUACAUGGGCUUUGUCAGUUGUGGAGGUUUUUAACAUUGCUUAUCCCUUGCAAUAUGGAAGAAUAGGAAACAUAAAGAAACUUGUCAAUCAGUUUGGAUAGUCAACAGUCAGAUAAAAUCCUUUAUGAACAGUCCUGAAUUAAACCAAGUGAUUUUCUACACAGUCUUAUAUGCUCUGUGUAUUUCAGAUACUUGUUUCACACCUGUGCAGAUGCAUGAAUGGAAAAUAUUUACUAAAAGCUUUAAAGUUUGGAUCAAGAAAAAAAUAUUUUUACUUUUGUAAACUCUUGUAUUACAUAUUGUUGUGAUUCUUAUUAGUUUUGUCUGUAGAUCCAUUUUCAGUUCUGAAAAAAAAAACAACAUUGUACUUAAACUAUGUAGAUAGCUACAAUCUUGUAAGCAGUCAUAUUUUUAAUAGGUGCCACUGCAAGUUAGAAUUAAAACAUUCAGGAUUUGCCCAUGUAAAGCAGAUUGAUGGUUCAUUGCAAUUUUCUUUAAAAUGUUGUAACAUAAUUUUUACAUGUCUGUAAAUAAAUAUUUUCUCUGA